AUAGCUGGCAGACGGUGAAGUUAGUCGGCACCCAGACUGGAAAGUGUCCUGUUGGAGGCAGUGGUGGGGGCGAAGCGGCACACUGGUGACUUAGGGGAGACAAUUGCGCGUCCAUAGGAAAGGAGGCGUGAGGAAGUGCGAGUUGUGAGCGGAAUUGUAAUAACUGCAUGGCAAGCUCAUGAACGGUACUCCAGCCGCCGACCAGUAGUUCUGACCCUCAGCCAUGGGCACACACAUCACCGAGUCGUCCAGGCUGCUCAUGGACUACACGUCCUACAACGGCAAGGCGGAGAGUCCAGCCACGCUUGCCGAGUCCGCGGACGGCUGCUUCAGGGACGAUGAGAAGGAUGGAUCGGGCAGCAUGGAGAGCGAGGGGCGUGUAGACAAGGGCCUCUCUGUGGGCCUCGCCUCCGUGUUCCUCCUAGCCGAGAUGGCAGGCGCGGGUGUUCUAAACGUGCCCAAGGCGGUGGCCAACGCAGGGUGGGCGGGGCUGCCACUGAUGGUGUUGAUGUGCCUGGCGGUGGGGUUCGCGGGCACACGAUUGGGGAUGUGCUGGGUGCUGCUGGAGGAGCGCUGGCCGGAGUACCGCAUGCCCUGCCGCCGCCCCUACCCGGCCAUCGCACGUCGCGCCCUUGGCAAAGCAGGACAGAUAGUGGCCGAGGUGUCGAUGGAAGUCACUCUAUUUGGGGCGGCCACAGUGUACCUCCUGGUCUCUUCCCAGAUGAUUAACGACCUCCUGGGUUCUUUGGUCCCCUCCUUAAGUCAGUGCUCUUGGACUCUCAUUCUGGGCGUGCUCCUGUGUCCCACCACUUGGCUCAGCACCCCUAAGGACUUCUGGGGCGCGCCGCUGUUCGCCAUGAGCGCCACACUGCUCGCCUGCCUAGUGGUGGUGGUGGAGGUGGUGCUGGAGAAGGGAAAUCACGCCUCGCCUGAAUACCUUGCCCCGACCUUCAGUUCCUUCUUCCUGUCGUUCAGUUCCAUCCUCUUCGCUCUCGGUGGCGCCUCGAUCUUCCCCACGAUACAGAACGACAUGAAGAACCGCGCGCAGUUCCCUGAGAGUGUUGUGAUGACUUUCCUUUCGCUUCUCGGCAUCUACCUGCCUCUCUGCACCAUCUGCUACGGGAUUCUGGGCACCAACAGCACCCCUGAGAAUAUCCUAGCAGCAGUGAGCGGCCCGGCAGUGACAGUGGUGAAGAUUCUCCUCGUGUGUCACUUCCUCUUUGCCUUCUCCAUCGUCAUUAACCCGAUCAACCAGGCCACAGAGAUGCACCUCAACGUGGCCACUGACACCCUCAGCGUAAGGCGGGUGGUGGUGCGAAGCUGUGUAUUGGCGCUGGUGGUCCUCGUCGGCUUCACCAUUCCAGACUUCAGCAAGAUCCUGGACUUGAUUGGCGGCUCCACCGUUGCCCUCAUGUCCUUCGUGCUGCCUCCCGUCUGCUACCUGCGCCUCUGUGCUGUCAGUGGCCUCGACGGGCUGCCCUUAAGGGUGGUGCCAAAGUGGGAGGUGGUGGCACUGUGGGCGGUGGCGGUCGUCGGGGUGGUGGGUGGCGUGGGCUCCACUUGGAGUGCCCUCUCCGCCAUCAUCACCGAGGAGUCCUUCACCACCACCUGCUUCUCGCCGCAAACUUUCCUGUAAAUCUCGGCAGAACACCUCGGGCUCACCUGCCCCAGGCCGCGCUGUCCCUCCACCCUCUUAGCAGACGUGCGUGCAACACUCAGCGACGCCCAGCAUCGCACGUGAGGACUGACGCACGCACUCCCUGACAAUAUACACUUCAGAAACCAGACCAUGAAAUGCGAUCAUGUGUCCCACACACACACACACACACACACACACACACACACACACACACAUUGCCGGGGUUUCUUCAGUCCCUCAAGACGUCUGCACCCCAAUGUAAUUCUCAAUACACAGACAGACUCCAACACUCCAUCAAACACACGAAAUACUUCAAAGACGCGUGACACACCUUCAAAAGACCACCACCACCAACCACUUCUUCUGCGACGCUGGAAUGCUGGUGGUGGUGCUGGCCUGGUGCUGGAGCCGGCGCAACUAUGACGGCGACGUGAUGAUGACAGGGCUGGGGGUGCCGCGUCUAUCACACCCGUCUUUCCCUCGACACCCUGUUUGACAAAGGAACCACGUAUUGGCACGCAUCCAAGUGUCGCAUCCUUCCUUCCUAACACUCUCUCUACACACCAUGCACUAAAAACACGAUCAUCCAAUUCUACAUUCCCAUACCACUUCGCAUAAUAAAGUGAAUCUAUUUUUUAUCUCCUCUCUCUAUUUCUUGCUAGGAUAAUCAACACAUCAUGACGUUCUUUUCUUUUCUCCCUGCAUAAUUCAGUCUCUAAACUCGUUCAAAGCCAAAGAGAGUGAUACACAAGCCAGAGAGAGAGAGAGAGAGAGAGAGAGAGAGAGAGAGAGAGAGAGAGAGAGAGAGAGAGAGAGAGAGAGAGAGAGAGAGAGAGAGAGAGAGAGAGAGAGAGACACUGCAUUUCUGUAUCUACAAGUUAUCAUGUGAGAUAAUUGUUUACUUUCAUUUGAUUUUAAUAAUUAUGUCUGUCAAUAAAAAGAGACAAGGUGA